UACGUAGCUAUGCAGCGUUCAAAUCUUCACGACCAUUUUUUUUUCUUAGAGCAUUUCAUUAUGAAUCGAGGCGUAUUGUGGACAUACUUGAAACGAAAAUUCGAGUAUGUACCCGAGAAGUUUAGAUUGACGGAUAAAUAGUCGAUUAUGUGAUAAAAAGCAAGUAGAAAAAGCCAAGUGGAACGUACCCAUUUGUCAGUUUGACCCUGGCGGUAGGAAUGGAUGGAUGGACCUAAAACUAAGUACUUCCGGAUUUUGUAAGUAAACUUCGUCGCUGUAUUCAGUGCAAAUUAAGAAAAUGGAAAGAUGGAUGUUUCUAUUUCACCCAAAAAUUCAAACAUCAUAUAGAAAAUCGUAAAGGUAAAGACACUUUACUGCAAAUCAUACUAAUGGACGAGCCAACACGUUAAACUUAAGGGGCUGAUUAUCCUCGUACUGUUUUCUUUUUUUUUGAUUGAUACUUUUAUUAGUAGAUUGCACAGUUCAGUACAUAUUCCGUACAAUUGACCACUAAAUGGUAACACCCGAAUACGUUUUUCAACUUGUUUAAGUCGGGGUCCCCGUUAAUCAAUUCAUUGUCACAUACAUUUCCACUCACAUAUUGUAUUAUACUUAGUCUAGUUAAAGCAGGGGUCACCAACGCGGUGCCCGCGGGCACCAGGUAGCCCGUAAGGACCAGAUGAGUAGCCCGCUGGCCUGUUCUAAAAAUAGCUCAAAUAGCAGCACUUACCAGUGAGCUGCCUUUAUUUUUUAAAUUGUAUUUACUUACUAGCGAGCUGGUCUCACUUUGCUCGACAUUUUAAUUCUAAGAGAAACUAAAUUUUAAAGGCCUACUGAAACCCACUGCUACCCACCACGCAGUCUGAUAGUUUAUAUAUCAAUGAUGAAAUAUUAACAUUGCAACACAUGCCAAUACGGCCUUUUUAGUUGACUAAAUUACAAUUUAAAAUUUCCAGGGAGUUUCGUCUUGAAAACGUUUUGUAAUGAUGACGUGUACGCAAGACAUCACAGGUUUUUAGGAAGUAUGAGCGCUGCGCACACACACAGCUAAAAGUCGUCUGCUUUAACGGCAUAAUUACACAGUAUUUUGGAGAUCUGUGUUGCUGAAUCUUUUGCAAUUUGUUCAAUUAAUAUUGGAGAAGUCACAGUAGAAAGAUGGAGUUGGGAAGCUUUAGCCUUUAGCCACACAAACAUACGGUGAUUCCUUGUUUAAAAUUCCUGGAGGUGAAACUUAACUAUGGAUCAAGCAAACAUGAAUCACGACGGAAUGUCAACCAGCAGGUUUCGCUGCCGUCGACUCCCCUGAGACAGCGGCGUUAAGACACUUGUGGAGACCCACCUCCGACUAUCAGGUAACAGGCGAUCAUUAUUCUUUGCCCGGCGGACGAGGGCCGGAGAAAAAAGGUGAAACUAAAACAUGCAUCGUUCUGCUUGGAACCAACUGUCUCCAUGGAUAGAAAGGAUGAUCCAGAACUAUAGCACUGAAGAGGAAAGCAGAGGUCGUGUGCGAUUAAAGGCUCAUGUCACCAACGUGGGCCAGAUGUCUCAGUCCCAGGCCCAGAACCUGGAAGGCCCCAUAGGGAUGCUUUUCCUGUCCGAUGGAGUAGUGCAGAUCCCUGCCAUUCUCACAUCAGCCUUAUGGGAGGAACUUCAGGAAAAUUGGGAAAUGGAAUGUUUCACCAGUCUGCUUAACAACACUGUUUCAAUUAGUGACUACCGGCUGCAGUUUCACAUGGGCAUGGAAAGCACCAGAUGUAGAUUCUUCUUAUCAGUUGGAGAGCUGGUCUCAAAUUCGGCCGGCACAGUUAAAGAGAGAAUGCCCUGCUGCACCUCUCUGCCCUCUGUCCGGCAAAAGAUCUUUGACACAUGGAGGUCGCUUGUGGUCCAGGAUAGGCAGGAAUCUCAAAACAGCCAGACUGGGUUUGACCUGACAGAGUUGCUGGGGCAGUGGCAGGAAGAUUUUUUCCAGACAGUGAUGGAUGACAUCCAGGAGAAACUGACUGGGACUACAAGCCGGCAACCUUCCACAUCGCUGACUCAACCGGGCUUGUUCAGUGCCACGCGUUGGGAUGCUGAACGGGUUCAAGAUAAGGGCCUGGAAUGUUUCAGCGUUCCAAUGAAGUGUCUACUCGUCCCAGACAGAGAUGAGCAAAGCACAAAUGUAGCUAUAUUGACACCCGAUGCGGAUGAGGAGUUGGAUUUACACAUUUGUGAUCGUACUCAAUCACCUGUUCAUGCUGCUGAGGGGCAAACAGAAACUCACACAGGUGGAGAGGAAGAAAACAUCUGGGCAAAUGACAGGAUCAGUCUAGAUAUGAUUAAUAAGGACAUCAUACCUCUAGAAAAUCCUUGGCACUUUUUCCCAGCACCAUUUAGCUUGUCAGCUUCUUCCGAUGAGUCACGAGAAACAACCCAUGAACACUUGAUUCCUCCGCAGCAAGAAAAGGGUCCUGAGAACAGCACCAGCACCCAACUGACUGCAAACGCACAAUCUGAAGGCAGCACUUCCCAGCAUAGCAAAGAAGAUCACAGCGUUUUACCACCGUUCCAAAAAGAGCCGCCCUCAUCCGGCAACAACAACACAGAAACGCAACACGUUCACGCCGCUUCCCAAGAAAAAAAGACUUUUGUUGAGAAUGUGGACACACUUGAAGUGACGGUGGAGACACAACAUAGGAAGUCAAAGAGGAAAAGGGAACUGGAGUCGGUGCAAAAAGCACACAACACAGUCGUAGUGGAGGAAGAAGAAGACGUUUGUCAAAGUGUGAGCCCUCCAUCUUGGCUUUUUGACUCUGUGGUAGGUUCAGGAACCGAUGAUGGCAGCGUUCAGGCUCAAAACGUGAGUGCAGAAAGAAGAAAAACCUCUACUGUUCACAGUGAUGGCCGCCUGUUCUCAUAUACGUACACAGUGUCCGGGCAAGACCUGCAUGACUUUGCUCAGUUUAAAGUGGAAGAUGCUCUGCUGCAUUGGGCUGUCAAGUAUCUUGUUGUUCCAAAGCAGGCAACACAUCUAUGAACAGCAUUGCCUUUACUGGAACUCCACCUCUUUUCCAAUUUUAUUACAUUAGAUAGUACAAUUUUAACUCAAAGAUGUUUGUGUUGAAAUCCAAUGCAUCUUCUGAAUAAAACAAUGUUUUUUUAGUAAA